AUGUCCGACAAGCCCCAGUCUGUCAACCCGACGGACGAAAUCCAACCCCAAAACCCUCCGGCCGAUACUGAGAUGGCCAAGGAGAAGGAUCUUUUGUCGCCCGAGGAUGGAACAAACGUCAAGAAGGGUCACGGCCUCCUUUCAGUUCCCUCGAGAUCGUCAUCGCAAAGGAACCAAUCGUCACCGACGUCGACGGGGUUGAGUGGGGCGACCGUCAGCGACUCGCGGAACAGCAUCGGCAGUCGAUCGAAAGACUCCAAAGGCAGCUUCCGGGGACGACGACGGAACGGCAGCACCUCCAGCAACAGGACAGGCGGAGACACAGAACCCACAAACACCCCCGUCAACUCUCAGCCAACAUCCCCCGUUACCCCUCCACAGAAGAAAAAGAAGAAGAGUGGUGGCCUGCUCGCAUUCCUUGGAUGCUGCGUCACACCCGAAAGCCCCAACCCCGUUGACGGAAACGACGAAAACGUGCACAAGCUCGAUAAACUACCUCAGCGACCAGCGACCGCCAAGUCGCGGACUCAAACUCCUCAGGAGCAGCCCAAGCCAGUGACGGAAAAGGACCCUCAGCAGCCCCCGGCGACCCAAGAGUCCAAGGAGGCCCCCGUCUCUGGCACCACCGACAACGAAAUUACCGUCACGGAGCGAGAGAAUAGGGAGUCAAAGCAGUCCCUCCCUCCCGCAGUUACGGUAGAGCCCCCAAAGUCGUCUCCCGCGACGGAGGAAGAGGACGAAGGAAAGAAGGAAGCGCCCGCCGAAACCAGCGACGUUGAUAUGCGAGAUGUUCCUGCAGUUGACGCGGAAGAGGCGGCCGUAGGCGUCACCGCCGAGGAACCGACCCAGGCGAUUCCCCCUCCGCCUCCUGGCCCUGGGCCCGCUGCAGUAUUGCCUGUUUCCUUCGCCGAGGCCGGCCCUUCGGCUCCCCCACCCUUGAAGUGGCUGUUGCCCCCGAUUGCGCCGGAGCACUCAGGUCGAAAGUGCCUAGUCUUGGAUUUGGACGAGACGCUGGUUCACAGUUCUUUCAAGAUCCUCCACCAGGCGGAUUUCACCAUCCCCGUUGAGAUCGAGGGUAACUACCACAACGUCUACGUCAUCAAGCGACCGGGUGUGGAUGAGUUCAUGAAGAGGGUUGGAGAGCUGUACGAAGUGGUUGUCUUUACAGCGUCUGUCUCUAAGUAUGGCGACCCUCUAUUGGAUCAGCUUGAUAUCCACAAAGUCGUCCAUCAUCGAUUAUUCCGAGAGAGCUGUUACAACCACCAGGGAAAUUACGUCAAGGAUCUCUCCCAAGUCGGACGAGACCUGAAGGACACUAUUAUUAUCGACAACUCGCCCACCUCAUACAUCUUCCACCCUCAACACGCCGUUCCUAUCAGCAGUUGGUUCUCUGAUGCUCAUGACAACGAGCUACUAGAUUUGAUACCUGUUCUUGAAGACCUGGCUGGCCCCAAUGUGGCCGACGUCAGCCUUGUCCUCGAUGUCACUCUUUGA